AUGAGAGCUUUAGCAAAGCACACCAUUCUUCUUCUCCUGACUUUACUCUCUUUCUUCUCCAUUGCCAAAUCCAAAGACACCUUAUCUGCUACUGAAUCGCUAGGAACAGGCCUCGUCUCUGCCGGCGAGGUUUUCGAGUUGGGUUUUUUCAACCCUGGCAGACACUCAAGAUGGUACUUGGGCAUAUGGUACAUGAAAAUCAAAGAAAGAACAGUUGUUUGGGUGGCCAACAGAGACAAUCCGCUCCCAAACAACUCAGCCAGUCUCAAAAUCGGAUACGACGGAAUACUUUCUCUUGUGGAUGAAUCCCGAAAAGUUUCUUGGAUGUCAAGCAAUCAAUCACAAUUUGUUAAAAAUCCAAUCCUUCAGCUUUUGGAUUCCGGCAACUUGGUCCUCAAAGAAGCAAAUGAAACCAACCCUAACGAGUUCCUCUGGCAGAGCUUCGACUACCCUACACACACUUUGUUGCCGGAGAUGAAGCUCGGAAGGAACUCGAAUACCGGAUUGGAUAGAUACAUAACCUCGUGGAAAACUCCACAAGACCCUUCUACGGGUGAUUACUCCUUCAAGCUCGACUACCGCGGUUUCCCGGAGGCUUUCCUCCGGCAGAGACAGUCGAUAAAGUACCGGAGCGGCCCCUGGAACGGGUUGAGAUUUAGCGGGGCUCCGGAGAUGAACACCGCUAGCUCUAAUGGUAUUGGUUUCAACUUCGUUGUAAACAAUGAGGAGAUGUACUACUCUUUUUCGGAAACUAAUCCAGCUGUGUAUUCACGGCUGAUUGCAUCUCCCUCCGGCAACAUCCAACGGCUGACGUGGAUCGAGAGCCGCAAGACCUGGAGCCAGUGCUGGUACCUUCCCAGGGACCCAUGCGACACGUACAGCGAGUGCGGGCCCUAUGGUGUCUGCGACGCCAACGAUGCUUUGCCGGUGUGUAAGUGCAUGAGGGGCUUCCGACCUAAGAAGCCUUCUGCAUGGAGCUUGAGAGAUGGCACCGAAGGAUGUGAACGUCAGACGGAGCUGGAGUGUGGGAGUAAGGACAAGUUUAUGAAGAUGGAGAAUUUGAAGCUGCCGGAGAGCGGCGGAGCGGUGGUGGAUAUGGAGAUGAGUUUGGAGGAGUGUGAGGUGAAGUGUUUGGGGAAUUGCUCGUGUAGUGGGUUUUCGAGUGCGAGGAUUGAGAAAGGAGGGAGUGGAUGUGUGAUGUGGUUUGGGAAGUUGAUGGAUAUGAGGAGUUAUGCCGGCGGCAGCGGCCAAGAGUUCUAUCUCCGAUUAGCAGCUUCUGAACUAGAUGGUGAUGGGAAAACAAAACGCAUGGUUAUGAGCGUAGGCAUUGUAGUUGGUAUUGCCGCUCUGCUAUCAGCUGGUCUUAUUAUCUGGUUCAUGCGGAGGAGGAACUCGGGUAGCACCCUGAGGAGAGAAUCAAAAGGUCCUCUUGAAAGAAUUCGAAGCCAGGAUUUUCUUCUAAACAGUGUGUUAGUCUCAAGUAAGAAGGAGCACUACUCUGGUGACAGAAGCAAUGAUGACCUAGAGUUGCCAUUGUUUGAUUUUACCUCCAUAGCAGCGGCUACGGAGAACUUUUCUGAUGAAAAUAAACUGGGACAAGGUGGUUUUGGUUGUGUUUACAAGGGGUUUGUCGAAGGUCAAGAGAUAGCUGUGAAGAGACUUUCAAAGAACUCUGGACAAGGAACCAAAGAAUUCAAAAACGAAGUGAAGUUAAUUGCAAGGCUUCAACACAGAAAUCUUGUUCGACUGCUUGGUUGCUGUGUUGAUGCGGAUGAAAAGAUGCUGAUUUACGAAUACAUGGAAAAUAAAAGCCUCGAUUCCUUUUUAUUCGAUAAAGCAAAAAGGUAUUUGCUGGAUUGGCAAAAGCGUUUCAACAUUAUCUGUGGGAUUGCUCGAGGGCUUCUUUAUCUUCACCAGGAUUCGAGAUUCAGAAUUAUCCAUAGGGACCUCAAGGCAAGCAACAUUCUACUAGAUGGAGAAUUGGACCCCAAGAUAUCGGACUUUGGAAUGGCAAGACUAUUCGGUCAGGAUCAGACAGAAGCCAAUACAAAAAAAGUAGUGGGAACAUAUGGCUAUAUGUCUCCUGAAUACGCAAUGGAUGGUCUCUUCUCAAUCAAGUCGGAUGUAUUUAGUUUUGGUGUUCUAGUAUUGGAGAUUGUUAGUGGUCAAAAGAACAGAGGAUUCUAUUAUUCAAACAAUGAGCUAAACCUCCUAGGACAUUUUUGGGAGCUAUGGAAUGGAGGUCGUGCAUUGGAUAUAAUAGAUUCAUCAGUUGGUGAUUCAUUUUCGGAAUCUGAGGUGUUGAGAAGCAUGCAGGUAGGGCUUUUAUGCGUCCAAGAGCGUGCAGAAGAUAGGCCUACAAUGUCCUCUGUGGUUCUAAUGUUAUGUAGUGAAACUGCAUCAUUACCGCAGCCUAAAAAACCCAGUUUUUGCCUAGCAAGGAAACCCGAAACAGACGAGUCAAGCACUGUAAACCAAGUCACUAUCACAAUAUUAGAUCCUAGGUAGUGUAAGGUAUAAUCUUCAUCAAAUAGCAUAGCCUAUAUGUGUGUGUGUAUCAUUUUCUAGUGUAUAAAUGGAUCAUCUACAAGGCAACAUAGAAGAGAAAUCCUUGUUUCACUGCACAAUCUGAUUUUAAUUUUGGUCUGACUACCCCAAGAGUUGAAACUUCUCACAUUAAAUUUGCAAGGUUCACUUUGCUGUCUUCAAACUCACUAAUGAUUGCAGUAGAUACUUUGAGGCCAAACCAAGUUUUUACAAAUGGCCAGACUAUGGUGUCUUCAAGCCAAAGGUUUGAGCUUGGGUUCUUCAGCCCAGGAAGCUCAAAAAUCAGCUUCUUGGGUAUUCCUGGUUCUUCUUCAGCAAGUUUAACUCUAGGCUCUUCGGGGUUUUCAAUUUCCACUAAUGAGUCUUUGAUUGUGUGGUCUGUGAAUGUCUGGUCUUAAAUAGUCCCAUAUUGCAGCUCUUGGACAAUGGCAAUCUGAUCUUGAGAGAUGAGUGGUAGAGAUUCAGAGGGGGUGUGUGAUUUGGCAGAGGUUUGAUUACGUAACAGACCCUCUGUUGCCGGAAAUGAAGCUUGUGGCUGGAAUUUGAUCACAGGUUUUACCCAGGAUAUGAACUCAUGGUUGUCCUCCAGUGAUCCUUCUACGGGAGAAUUUACUUUCACUGUGGACCGGCCUGAUCAGGCACCUCAGUUGGCGUCCACAAUGGUAAUGUAGUUAAUUUGUUUUUGGUUUUUGUUCCAUCUCUGCUUUACGAAUAAUCAAUGCAAACACCUUAGCCGAAGAACAUGUCGUCGGCAGGAGGUAUGAGCUACUUCAACACAUUUUGAAGGCCCGUCUCUCUGCU